AUCGUAAAAGACAUUUGGAGCGCCAUCUAGCACUUGCACCAAUGAUGCACUAGUUAUUGCUAAAUAAUGAGAUGUCGCUAAAAUUGGAAUGUUGAUGAUUUGACAGCGCCUUUUCUAUAUUAAAGCGGAGUCGUUACUACGAUUUAUUGGCGUUCUUACUGUUUUCCGCGAUCCCCAUAUAAGAUUUUUUAGCGUUUAAUUUGUAAAACUAACUAUACUAUAACUAUAAUCUCUAUCCGAAAUUUCAAUUUAAAAUAAUUUUUCGAUUUUGAAACCCUACAAAUUUUAAUUGUUUGUUUAUAACCCAAUUGGUUUAAUUUUAACUUUAUUGUGCGAUAUGGAUUUUAUUUUGUUAAUAUUGUAUUCUAAAUAAAAUCUUAACCAGAUGAAUGGAAAAGAAAACUCAUCCUUUGGAAUAUUUUUUUAAUUUUUAAGGGUCUUUUUAGUUUUUAUAUUAUUUUUUAUUGAAUUCUAUUUUUUACUCGUAUUGUUUUUAACAUUUUCACAACAUUUUUUAAACAUAUCGAUAAGUUCUACAAUUAUCGUAAGUUCACAAUGGUUUGUUUACAAAAAGUAAUCCCACCAAUGAUUGUUUUGUUGUGCUACUGAUAUGAAUUUGUGUAUGUAAAUUUAAAACCGGCAACUAAAUAAAAUAUUUAUGCUAAGGAAGCGAUCGAACUUAAAAUAGAUAGUCACUGAAUAUUUUAUAAAGCUGCAAUUCAUAAUAAUAAUUGGUAGAACCUUGUUGGUUUGCUCAUUAUAUUUGCGCUAGCGCAAGUUGCUUUCAGCUAGCUGCUGACAUUGAAUGACCUUGUAUGCGUGUAUUAUCAGUAAAUUGCCUAGUAUGGGGUAGUCAGUUUUCGGUAAUCGAGUGUUGCGAACGUUGCAAAAUAUACGUUGGUUCAUAGUUUGCUUAUUAUUAAUUUGAUUGCUCGUUGGAUUGUCGAUUAUUAAAAUUCAUAAAUUAAUUAUGUCGACUGUUUCUGUAGUUUCUACAAAACCAUACGAAGGCCAAAAACCAGGCACUAGCGGAUUACGCAAAAAGGUAAAAGUUUUCACACAACAAAAUUAUACCGAGAACUUCGUGCAGUGUAUUUUGGAUGCCAAUGGUGCAGCUUUAGAAGGAUCUCUGCUUGUAGUGGGUGGUGAUGGCCGCUAUUAUUGUAAGGAGGCUGCAGAACUUAUUAUUCGAAUGUGUGCUGCGAAUGGGGUUGCAAAAUUAUUGGUUGGACAAAAUGGUAUACUUUCGACUCCAGCUGUUUCAAGUUUAAUUCGUAAUCAUAAGGCUUUAGGUGGCAUCGUAUUGACAGCUUCUCACAAUCCCGGCGGUCCCGAAAACGAUUUCGGCAUUAAAUUCAAUUGUGAAAAUGGUGGACCCGCACCAGAUGCAGUCACAAAUAAUAUCUAUCAACUCUCCACUGCCAUCAAGGAGUACAAAAUAGUCAAUGGCUUGGACAUUGACAUAAGUAAAAUAGGCACUAAUAAAUAUGAAAUUAACGGUAAACCUUAUGUUGUUGAGGUCAUCGAUUCGGUGGCCAACUAUGUUGCCCAUAUGAAAGAGAUUUUCGAUUUUGAGAAAUUGCGUGACUUUGUUAGCGAAAAGACAUCGGGCAAAUCGCUUAAAAUGCGCAUAGAUUCGUUGAACGGCGUUACUGGCUCAUAUGUGCGUGAGAUCUUUCUGAACGCUUUGGGUGCAGCUGAGAAUUGUGUAGUUCACACAACACCGUUACCUGAUUUUGGCGGCUUGCAUCCCGAUCCGAAUUUAACUUACGCCAAGGACUUGGUGGAAACUGUGGCUCAAGGUGAUUACGAUAUUGGAGCUGCAUUCGAUGGAGAUGGUGAUCGUAACAUGAUCAUUGGCCAUCGCGCUUUCUUUGUAACGCCCAGCGAUUCGUUGGCAGUUAUCGCGAAUAAUUUGGAAUGUAUACCAUACUUCAAGAAAAAUGGUAUACAAGGCUUUGCAAGAAGUAUGCCAACAGCUUCGGCAGUUGAUUUGGUGGGCAAAAAGUUGGGUAAAGAGGUAUUUGAAGUACCCACUGGCUGGAAGUAUUUUGGUAAUCUUAUGGACGCCGGUCGUCUGUGUUUAUGUGGCGAAGAGAGUUUUGGCACUGGCUCCAAUCAUAUCAGAGAAAAGGAUGGCAUUUGGGCAGUUUUAGCUUGGCUCUCCGUUAUGCAGCAUACCGGCAAGGGUAUUGAAGAUAUACUCAAGGCUCACUGGGGCACGUAUGGACGUAAUUACUUUACACGUUAUGAUUAUGAGGAAUGUGAAUUGGAACCUUGUAACGAAAUGAUUGCAACUAUGGAGAAAAAUAUUACCGAUACUUCAUUUGUUGGAAAGAGUUUUUCGAGUGGUGAUAAAACAUAUAAAGUCAAGGUAGCUGAUAACUUCAGCUAUACCGAUCCUGUAGACAAGUCUCUGGCCACAAAGCAAGGUUUACGCAUUGUCUUUGAAGAUGGCAGUCGUAUUGUGUUUCGUUUAAGUGGCACAGGCAGUUCGGGCGCUACAGUGCGUUUGUAUAUUGAUUCUUACGAGAAGGAUAAUGUGCUCGGCCAAGCCAGUGUUAUGCUGAAACCAUUAAUAGAUAUCGCUUUGGAGAUUUCCCAACUGCCAAAAUUCACCGGCCGCAAUGCACCCACUGUCAUUACAUAAGAAAUUUCAGAAACGAACCAGUAAAGACUCGUUUUCAAACACCUUUGCCUAAAGCGCGUUUCUCCUGUUGAUAGUUCUUAUUUUUGUCUAAAAACCGAUUUUAAUAAGGAUAUAGUUACUAAAAUUGGCACCAUUUGUUGCGAUGAAUUAUUUUAAAUAAUAAAAUUUGUAUGUUUGUGUUUUAUAUAAGCAA